AUGACCCAAAGACACAGAAGCUGGGAAGCCAGGAAUCAAUCGCCGCCGCAGAAACCGCUGCCACCGCUCCAGCCCGUCACGCAGACGGUCAUUUUGUGUUUUUCGAUCGACGGACCGCCGAGCGACGCGUUCAUCGUCCACACGGCCACCACGCUCAUCUUUUGGCUCAUCUUUCUGUUCGGCGUCUCGGUGCAACGCAUUGGUCAGUGCGACAUUUGAAAUUUGAGGGAUUCCGCGUGUUUCCUCAGCCAAUCGAUAAUUUUGCAGCGCCCCUCGUUCCGGUGUGGAUUCCGAUGCUCAAGUGCCUCAUCUUCUUUGUUUUCUUCAAGAAACCCACAAAUGUGGUCCUGAAUUUCGCACUUUUCCACGCCACAUUCAUUCUACUGCUCUGUCUCAUUUUGGCGGUGAAAUAUUAUCGCGAGGCGUUCCACAAUCAAGGCGGUUUUCCGUCCGAGUCCGCGUUGGUCAACAUGCUCUGCGCCAUUUUCUACAUGAUUUGGGGUCGGUUUUUUUUUGAAGAAUUUGAACAAUUAUUGACUUUUUCAGUUCCAUUAGCACAUUUCAUCAUUGUUCCACAGCUACGAGUGGAAUUGCACAGAAAGGAACUGCAAGCACAAAGAGAUUUCGUUAAUCGGAUCCGUUGA